AUUGUUCGCCGGCACGCCCAAUGUCGCUACGUCGGAGCCCGUGGAUCCCAUCGAUCAAGGACUCCGCAAGCGCCUGACGCUGGCCUCGAGACUGGCCGCCUCCGCGUACUGUGAAUCGUGCGUGUCUUGAGAACGGAAUCUUGGUCCUACCCCUUCCCCUGCAUCACGCAUUUGUAACACCCCCCAUCUGUCUUUUGCAAACCCCUCAUUGACUCCCCCCUCUUCAAUUUCCAUUCUCUCUCCCCUCCUUUCUCUCGCUAGCGUCCAGACUGGAUCGUGGAAAUGCGGCGCGCCUUGUGAAGGCGUCGACGAUGAAGUCUCGGUCCUGUGGAUGACAGGCAAUGGCAACUCGGACCCUCACAAGCAGCUCCUGUGGCUCGAAAAGGACCAAUCACUUGUGCUGCAAACGGAAGGGAGCGAUCUGUACCACCUUGCUUCUGUUCUCAACGAUGCCGUCUUCGUCCCCAUCCCCGCUCCUCAAGCGGUUCUAUCGACGCUCACCCAAUCCGCUCCCGCCAGCAGCAAGGGAAAGAGUGAAAAGUUAGAUGCCGAUGACGACAACACGAAGGAAGUGCGAGUCCAUGCAGGAUUCUUGGCAGCUUGGUCUCGCUCCUAUCCACAAUCUCUAAAAGCCGUCCAGGCCGGUCUGUCCGUCCACCCGUCAGCCAAGCGGUUGAUCCUCAUCGGCCAUUCUCUGGGUGCUGCAAUUGCCCAGCUUGACCUCCUCGCCCUUCACUCGGACCUCAAAUCGGUACCUGCCUCUUCUUCGUCCGCGACACCCUCUCCUUCUCCUAGCCUGAGCUACCAGUACUAUGGCUUUGGCACGCCACGAGUCUUCAACACUCAGGGCGCCUCGCUCGUCGACCGUUUUCUCGAUAAGAGCUCCUCUGUGACGUUUCCCAUUGCCGCGCUUGCAUCCUCCUCCUCCUCCUCCUCCUCCUCCUCCUCAUCAUCGUCGUCAUCGGGGCAGCAGCGACGAACGCCGUCGUCGAGCGACGGAAUCGACUUCUAUCACGUCCAUCAUGCCUCGGACGUUGUGCCGCAUCUCGGUCUCUUGUCGCUCGGCUUCCGUCAUGCCCAGAACGAAGUCUUUCUUCCCGACACAAACAGGACCGACAUCAACAAGACGGCUGAGCAACAGGAGGCUUUGCUCUGCCACGGCUUUGAGAAUGCGCGGUGCAGCCUCUCGAGGGGCAACGAUACCAACAUCCCGGAUCACACCGGGCCUUACUUUGGUCUUCUUGUCGGUAGAGGCCGGUGCAAAUGAAGCUCAUUUGCAAUGGAAUCAUCUAGAUUGAAAAGAAGGAAAUUGUACAAGUGCUACACUUCAUCCUGCUCCUCUGCUCCUUCCUCUUCCUCUUCCUCUUCCUCUUCUUCUUCCUCUUCGAUCCGCUCUUCCUCGCGCCGGAACAUGGCGUAAAUCUUCUUUCGCCUAGCUCCAUUAGCCUCUGGUUUGCUCGCUUCCUCAAACAGUGCCUCAAAGAUGUCCUUUCUGAGGUCCAAUGCAUCGCCCCGAGUUGCCUUGAGUAUGGCCAAGAAUUGCACCGAGCUAUCUUCAUCUGCCUCUUCCUCAUCCAAUUUUCUCGCUCGCUUUCGUUUCGGGCCUUGCUCCUCUUCCUCCUCCUCUUCCUCUUCGGCCUCUCGCAGCUGAACCUCGGCGGUCCGGACAAGACAGUCUUCAAGCAGCGGGUU